CAUCACGACUGUUCAACAUGCCCCCGAAGACCGGAAACCUUUGUUUUUCCCUCCUGGUUCCCUCUGUACUGGUUUCUGUUUGUUUUAUCAUAUUUUCCGAGAUGUGGUUUUCAAAAGUAAAUUCAAGAACUCGAUUACAGACAGUGGAAGUAUUGUUGAAACAGAAGCAAGAAACUCUUCUGGCCUCUUACAGAAGUUACAGAGAACAAUUGAGAGUUAAGGACAAUGAAAUAAAAGAAAUUUCAAACAGAUAUAAACUUGCAGAGGCGAGAAUACUAAACCUUUCUCUGAAUCUUGAAACUCGGAGAAAUAGUUCGAAGGAUCUUCCAGUGAUAUAUGCCAUUACACCAACACACGCACGCAGUCAACAGAAGGCCGAACUUACAAGGCUAUCUCAGACGUUUCUUCACAUGUCCAGUUUUCACUGGAUUGUGGUGGAAGAUUCCAGGAAGAAAUCUCGGUUAGUCGCCAACUUGUUAAGAAACUGUGGUAUGUCAUACACACAUUUGUGUGUGUUGACACCUUCAGACUCCCAGUUAAAUAUUGGUGGUCUCGUGAGAAAAUCAGCAAAAGGAGUGGAACAAAGAAACCUCGGGAUAUCUUGGCUGCGGAAAAACGUGGACCCGGAAACUCAGCCUGGUGUUGUAUAUUUUGCUGAUGAUGAUAACACGUACGACUUGCGAAUUUUUGCCGAGAUGCGACGGACUCGGAAGAUUUCUGUAUGGCCCGUUGGACUUGUUGGAGAUCAAAGAUAUGCAGCGCCUAUUGUGAAGAAUGGAAAGGUGACUGGUUGGCGGGUGAGCUAUGAUCCAAUUCGAAAAUUCGCUACAGACAUGGCAGGUUUUGCUAUGAACCUUCAUGUGUUCUUUGAACAUCCUGAUCUUCAAUUCUCCCAUUACACACGACCAGGAUCUCAGGAAUCCGAUAUUAUCUCGAAGACCAAUAUAACCUUGAAUGAUCUUGAGCCUCUGGCUGAUAACUGUACAAAGGUGCUUGUGUGGCACACUAGGGCGCUACCCCCCAAGCUUACAAAGGAAGAUCAAAUGAAGGUGAAAUUCGACCAUGGAUCCAACUUCAUUGUUGAAGUAUAGUGAAGUCAUACUAUCCACGAUAUAUUUCCUGUUGGAUAAAACAUUUUCAUCUUGCAUUGAUUUCUUCUUUAAAACACAGGACACAUGCCUUUGUAGAGGGAGACAACGCUCCACGGUCUUGUGACCACUUCACUGAUUGGACUGCCAAAGAGUGCCUCUUUUAGCGUGUGAAUUAUCAUGAGUAAAAUGUGCGAAAGUAAUGGAAUGAAGUAAAUGACACAAUACACGAGGAACAUUUCGAGUUUAUAGUUUGUGUAUAUUUUUUCAUCAAACACUACAAAGGCUUUUUAAUGGACCCUUACAUACUAAAAUUAACACUCAUUUGAUCAAGCAUGGCUGGAGGACUGCCUUGUGGCGUAAGGCAACAAACACAGACUUUUUAUGCAAAUUGUAUAGGUGGCGGGUGCUUCCGAUAGUGCAGGAGAUUCUUACCCUUUUCUCGAACAUCUGCUGUCAUCACUCUUUUUCAGCGAUCCAUUCAUAUAAUUUUCACCAUUAUUUUGCCAUUUACGCCCAAUGGCAUAUGUUCCGGAUAAUUGAGCCUGUUAUUCUCUGGCCUUGACGUUUUAUAGUAUAUAUUUGCAUUGUUGACAUGGCUGUAUAAGUUUAGACGUUUUGAUUCA